AUCAAAGCAACCUGUCAAAAUGAAUCGAAUUGCCGUAAAUAACUCGCUUUUCUUGCAAAUACAACCACAAUGCAAACUAUUUGGACGGCAAAGUUUCCAUGUGUACAAACUUCAGAAUAUUAGACAUACACAUGUGUUAACAGCAUUGCCUGACAGAUUUUUAAGAUGUCGGAAUACCUUUGACUUUGAUAAAAAGCUUUUCCCCACCAACCCGGCUAAACCGGUUCUGCUAACCUCUUACAGCACUGAAGAAAGUGAACCACAACGUGUACCGGAUCCAGAGAAAGAUCUUUCAGUUGCUAGAAUAAGUUUUGCCUAUAGCUUUCAGUUUGCAUAUUUGAUUUUGAAACAUGGCAAGAAAGGGAGAGAUAUUAUUAAGAAGAAUAUUGCUGGACCGUCAUUGCUUCCAGGACUUAAAAAAGCCUUUCUCUAUCUCACGGAAUGUAUUGCCAAUAAGGAACUAGAUGAACUGCAAGACGUGGUUGAGGAUUAUUUUUUACAAGCUAUGAAGCAUGACAAACAUACAUAUGUGUCAAAAAAAUACCCUGAAGAAAUAUUCCCUGUCCAAAGAUGUGACUUGAUGUUGGUAACUCUCACUGGAAUACAACUAUUGCCAGGAGCUCAACUUCAUUCAAGGAAAGUGGUUAUUGAUGUUCGAUACACAUUUUGCAAAGGAUUUUCGAACAAUAAAGAGCUUGCCUCUGUAAGAAACUCCAAAAAUUUCCGGACAGUCAAUUUGAAGUUCUCCAGGGAAGCCUUCGAAAAUGAUGACAGUAGCAGCUGGAAAAUAUCUUCUGUUUACUUCUAUCCUCUGAGUGAAUGGCCUGGUCCAUAGAGUUGCUUAGCUACCAAUAUGUGUAAGGGUUUUAGCCAGGAUUUAUAAAGGACAGGGUGCUGCAAAAAAGGGACAGGGUGCUAACUGCUAAGGAUGAAAAGGGCACAUUGAAUCGGGCUAUGAAGAACUUUAACAUUAUGAAUUUGGCAGAAAAUGUUAGAAAUUGUGUUUAAUUGAUUUAAUAUAAUGUUUCAUCUGCAAGAUAUUUAAAGUGUGUGUGUAUUUAUAAUCUUAAUAUAAGUUUUAAACAAAACAAAAGAAUUAUUUGACAGUCUUGAAGAUUUAUUUAUAUGAGAGCUGAGGGGUGGCCAUCCUGGCCUCCAUGAGGGCAGGAGGUAGCUCCUGAAAAAGGACAGGGUACAGCACCCUUUCAUUACAUAACCGUUCAACUAAAUCACUAGUUAUAAUCAAUGACAAGACAGUGUUCCUUUUAUUACCUUAGUGUAAAAUAAUGAUGUUGGUAUUUAUUUGUCUUUAAAUUCUAUGAUCAAAUACAGAUUUCUGAGUAGC